AUGUCUUUCCUGGUCUUUGGGGACCAGUCAUUGGACACGCAUACUUUCUUGACCGACUUUUGCCAACAUGGGAGACCAAGUGUGCUCUCGAGAUCCUUCCUUGAGCAGGCUGGCUCCGCUCUUAGGGAGGAAAUUGAUAGAUUACCAAGCCUCCAGCGAAACAAGAUACCAGAAUUUGCCACGAUUCUCGAGCUGAAUAAGCUAUACCACGCUGGAAACGUCAGAAACCCUGCUAUAGACAGUGCUCUUUUGUGUAUUACUCAAUUAUCCCAAUAUAUCGAUCGUUACGAGAAAGAACAUGGAGAUUCGACCAUUCCCAGUGAAACUUGCCUCGUUGGCUUGUGCACCGGGCUUUUUGCAGCAGCAGCAAUUGCUUCUUCUCCAUCAAUAUCCCAACUUAUACCCAUCGCCAUCCAAGUGAUGUUGAUGGCAUUCCGAACAGGAGCACACGUUGCAGCUCUUGCCGACAGGCUUAACAACCGAUCAGAAUUACCAGAAAGCUGGACUUAUGUCGUUCCAGCUGCCCAGGAGAGCGAAAUAAGCUCAAUACUUGGCGAUUUUCACAAAGAAAAUACAACACCUUUGGUAAAUUAUGCUUAUAUUAGUGCAAUAACUUCGAAAAGUAUUGCGAUCAGUGGACCUCCUUCUACUUUGAGAUCACUUUUUGCGUCCGAGGUUUUCCAGGCGAGGCCAGUAUCUAUUCCCGUCUACGGCCCCUAUCAUGCUGCUCAUCUUCGUUCGAGUUUGAACGUGGAACAGAUUUUGCAUUUGAAAGACGAAAAGGUCCGGGAAGCGCUCGGAAACCUGAAAAGCAGAUUUCCUGUAAUGUCUUGCACGACUGGAACUUGGUAUACCGAGCAAGAGCCUGGAUUGUUGCUCCAAGCGAUUCUGCUCGAGAUGUUGACAGAGCCAAUAUUGUUUAGCAAAAUUCUCCAGGGUUGCGUGCAGAAAGCAAAGGUGUUUCAAGGCCGAGAAUGCCUGAUUAUUCCGUUUGGUCCUACCAGUGCAGCUAAGGUUUUAGCAGCAGUUUUAGAAUCUCAGACGGAGCUUGAUAUAACUCUGCGAUCACCGCAAUCUGGAAAUCAACAGGCGGCCAGGCAACAAAAUUCGACAGAAGUAUCCCCUGGAAAAUGCAAGCUUGCCAUCGUCGGAAUGGCUGGAAGAUUUCCAGAUGCUGCAAGCCACGAAAAAUUAUGGGAGUUGCUUGAAAAUGGCCUAGAUGUUCACAGAGAGGUGCCGAAAGACAGAUUUGAUGUUGCGACACAUUUCGACCCAACAAGCAAAAUCAGGAACACUAGUCAUACUCCUUAUGGAUGCUGGAUCGAGAACCCAGGACUUUUUGAUCCCCGAUUUUUCAAUAUGUCUCCUCGAGAGGCAUAUCAAACGUGUCCCAUGCAACGUCUCGCACUCGCAACCGCAUACGAAGCUCUGGAAAUGGCUGGUUAUGUGCCCAAUAGGACGCAUUCUACGAAGCUUGACCGAAUCGGUACAUUUUAUGGACAGACGAGUGAUGACUGGAGAGAAAUAAAUGCGGCCCAAGAUGUGGAUACGUACUUCAUUACAGGAGGCGUAAGAGCUUUUGGCCCAGGCCGCAUUAACUAUCAUUUCGGGUUUUCAGGACCUUCUUUCAACAUCGACACUGCUUGCUCUUCCAGUGCCGCCGCACUACAGUUAGCCUGCACGUCUUUGUGGGCAGGGGAUUGUGAUACAGCUGUUGUUGGUGGUCUCUCAUGUAUGACAAAUCCGGAUAUUUUUUCUGGCUUGAGUCGAGGGCAGUUUUUAUCAAAGAAUGGGCCAUGUGCCACUUUUGACCACGAUGCGGAUGGCUAUUGCAGAGCAGACGGUAUCGGUACUGUGAUCAUCAAGAGGUUGGAUUAUGCAUUAGCUGACAAGGACAAUGUUUUGGCUGUGAUUCUUGGAAGUGCCACCAAUCACUCGGCGGACGCUGUCUCAAUUACUCACCCCCACGGAGGAACACAGGAAAUUCUAUACAAGCGUAUUUUAGCCAAUGCGGGCGUUGAUCCCAACGAUAUCGACUAUGUGGAAAUGCAUGGUACCGGAACCCAGGCCGGAGACGGGACAGAGAUGAAAUCUGUCACCAAUGUUUUCGCAUCGGCAGAUCGAAAGCGAAGACCAGACCAGCCUCUUUAUCUUGGUGCUAUAAAAGCAAACGUUGGACACGGGGAAGCCGCAUCUGGUGUCACCGCUCUCAUCAAAUGCUUGAUGAUGUUGCAGAAAAACAACAUACCCCCUCACGUCGGUAUCAAAAAGACAAUCAACCAAGGAUUUCCUAAAGAUCUUGCGGAACGUAAUGUGCAUAUCGCCUUCAAGAAUACGCCACUUCUUAGAAAGAGGUCUGGUACUCCGCGACGCAUUUUCGUUAACAAUUUCAGCGCUGCUGGUGGAAAUACUGGAUUGUUACUCGAGGAUGCCCCCGAUCUACCUUCCAACAACGUUGACCCUCGUUCCACACAUGUUAUUGCCAUCACUGCAAAAUCAAAAUCUGCUAUGCUUAACAAUGCAGAGCGCUUGAUAUCCUAUCUCGAACGAAAUAGGGAUAUUAAUAUUGCAGAUUUGGCGUAUACCACUACUGCACGUAGGAUUCAACAUAAAUGGAGAAUGACAGUGACAGCAAGCGAAACUUCCGAGGUUUCGGCAGCCCUGAAAUCUAAGCUGCAUGAACAGUUCAUCCCAGUCCUACCAGAACCACCGAAGGUUGCAUUCUUGUUCACCGGUCAAGGAUCUCAGUACGCGGCCAUGGGUCGCGAGUUGUUCGAAAAUUCAUCACUAUUCAAGGAGACUAUCAUGGAAUUCGAUAACAUUGCUACAAUUCUUGGAUUACCGUCAUUUAUCUCCUUGAUCGAUGGCAGUGUAACUGACGCUCAAGGCUUGUCACCUGUGAUGGUGCAACUUGCCAUCGUGUGCUUGGAAAUGUCAAUGGCUCGACUCUGGGAGUCCUGGGGCGUCAAGCCUUCCGUCGUGAUUGGUCAUAGUCUGGGUGAAUACGCCGCACUCAAUGUUGCUGGAAUACUAUCUGCUAGUGAUACCAUUUACUUGGUUGGAAGACGAGCUCAAUUGUUGAUUGAAAGAUGCACUGCCGGUACCCAUGCCAUGCUUGCAGUACAAGGCUCGAGAUCAGCGGUGACCGAAGCACUCGAGGAGAUCGGGACACCCGUGAACAUCGCGUGCAUCAACAGUACUCGAGAGACCGUUCUCAGCGGCGAGGCUGCUGAAAUUUCGCAAGUUUCCGAUCGACUUUGCAACUCUGGCUUCAAAUGCACACAACUUAAAGUCCCAUUUGCCUUCCACUCUGCCCAAGUCGAGCCUAUCUUGGAUCAAUUUGAGAAGUUAGCUGAAUCUGUACACUUCGGGAAAGAGAAGGUCACGCUUAUAUCGUCUCUGUUUGGUAGAUGCCUCGACGAUUCUGAGGCCAUUGAUGCUGCAUAUCUGCGCAAUCAUGCGAGACAACCUGUCAAUUUCCUAGAUGGACUUGUCUCUGCUCAAAACUCUGGCAUUAUAGAUGAGAAGACUGUCUGGCUUGAGGUAGGACCGCAUCCAGUAUGUUUGGGAUUGGUCAAAGCAACAGUCGGUACGUCCACUGUCGCUGCUUCAUCACUCCGCAGAAAUGAAAGUGCAUACAAGACUCUCAGCAACAGCCUCAGCGUUUUGCACACUGCUGGUCUUGAAAUUGACUGGAACGAAUAUCAUCGAGACUUCAGUGGCUCUGUUCAUCUUCUCGAUCUGCCCACUUACGCAUUUGAUGACAAAAAUUAUUGGAUACAGUACGAAGGAGACUGGUGUUUGACAAAAGGAGAAUUGCCUGGAAAAGCUCCUCUUCUGCUGGAACCUCCCAAGCCCAAGCUUUCAACUUCCACCAUUCACACCGUCACAAGCGAGAAGAUAGAUGGAGAUGUUGCUGUAGUUAUUGCCGAGUCUGAUUUGGCACGAGCUGAUCUUCGUGGAGUUGUUACUGGCCAUCUCGUCAAUGGGGCGAUGUUAUGCCCAUCAUCUUUGUACGCAGAUAUGGCCAUGACUCUAUGCGAGUAUGCCUAUAAGCUUGUCCGACCUGAUGUCAAGAAUCUAGGCAUGGACGUUGGAAGAAUGAAGGUACCCAAGCCAUUGAUAGCUGAUCCUCAGGGAAAAUCCCAAGUACUCACACUCACCGCCACGAUCAAUGCGGCAACUGGUCGUGCUGAUCUCCUCUUUUCCACGGGGACUGAUAAAGCUCGAGUCGAGCACGCAAAUUGUCAAGUCUUCUUUGGUGACACCGAAGAGUAUCAUGCCGACUUCCAACGAACUGCUUAUCUCAUUCAAUCACGAAUUGAUUGGUUAAAGGAGGCCGAAAGAAAUGGCAAAGCUUCUAAAAUCGGGCGGGGUCUUGCCUACAAGCUUUUCGCCGCAUUGGUUGACUAUGAUCAGAAAUAUCGUGGCAUGGAAGAGGUAAUUCUUGACAGCAUGAAGAUGGAAGCUACAUCGCGUGUCGUGUUUCAAACCACAGAGAAAGAUGGAACCUUUAAAUGCAGCCCAUAUUGGAUCGACAGCGUGGCACAUAUUUCUGGAUUCAUCGUCAACGGCUCGGAUGCCGUCGAUUCACGCGAAAAGGUUUAUAUCUCACAUGGUUGGGAAUCUUUGAAAUUCGCGGAACCUCUAAGUGCGGACAAGACCUACCGCUCCUACGUCAGGAUGCAGCAGCGUAAGGAUAAAACAAUGGCGGGCGAUGUCUACGUUUUUGAUGGGGACACAAUUAUAGGUAUGGUCGGCGGCCUAGCUUUCCAAGCAAUUCCUCGAAAGGUUCUCAACAUGUUCUUACCUCCAGUGGGUGCUGCGGCUACUGCGAAGCCAGCUCCCGCACCUCGGGCACCUCAGCCUCCCAAGGCUUUGAAGGCAAAUGUUGUCAAAAAGACACAAGUUACAAAGGCCAAUAUCACCAAGGUGAACGAAAAGCUUUUGUCUGUUACUUCGAAAGUCAUGGAUAUUCUCGCUGUAGAAGUUGGAGUAAAAAUUGACGAGCUUGUUGACAACAUUGCUUUCACUGAUCUCGGAGUCGACUCGCUCAUGGCCUUGACAGUAUGUGGCAGAUUGCGAGAAGAAUUGGAGAUUGAGAUCAAUUCUAACGAAUUCAUUAACUAUGCCAAUAUUGGAGCUUUCAAAUCAUUCUUAUCACAAUUCGAAGGAAAGCCAUCUGCUGCCUACAGUGAAGAUCCAAGUUCUCCUUUGACCACACCUAGCCCUGGGGAGUCGGUACACGAUCCACAAGAUGAUUCUGAGUUCACUGAUCCUUCAGAUGACGGAGUUUCCGCCACCGGUGCUGUGGAUAACCUUGGAGACAUUAUCAGAGUUACAAUCGCGGAAGAAAUGGCGAUCGAUGUUCUAGAAGUUGCGAGUUGUCCUGACCUCGCUUCACUUGGCAUGGAUUCACUAAUGGCUCUUACUGUACUUGGUCGAUUGAGAGAGAAGACGGGGCUCUCGCUUCCAUCUGACCUCUUCCAGGUCAACCAGACCAUCCGCGAUAUUGAAAGGGCUCUUAAUGUCGAAGCGCCGUCAAAACCAAAGCCGAAGCCGAAGCCUAAGACCUCAUCGGAGAAGUCAAAGCCGGCCACAUCAGCAGCCCUCACCGUUGUUCCUGCCGUGCAGGCCACACCUCAAAGAGUAGCCAAUUCAAUCCUACUUCAAGGAAACAUGAGGAAAGCUAGCAAGUACCUUUGGAUCGUGCCAGAUGGAAGUGGAUCCGCAACCUCAUACACUGAGAUCCCAACACUUUCGUCUGAUGUUGCAGUUUUCGGUCUGAACUCACCUUUUAUGAAGACCCCUGAAGAAUUCACUUGUGGUGUGGUGGGUAUAGCUACACAUUAUAUCAAGGAGAUGAAGCGUCGCCAGCCAAUAGGUCCCUAUCUCUUAGCCGGAUGGAGUGCCGGUGGUGUCAUUGCCUAUGAAGUAGUCAACCAGCUCACCAAGAACAAUGAAGUUGUCGACAAGCUCAUUCUCAUUGACACACCAUGCCCCGACAUCAUCGAGCCUCUUCCCUCAUCACUUCAUAAAUGGUUCGCUUCCAUCGGUCUCCUCGGUGACGGUAAAGGUGACCCAAGCAAAAUUCCGGAAUGGCUUCUUCCUCAUUUUGCCUCGUCUGUGCAAGCUCUAUCGACAUACAUGCCGGAACCAAUCGACCCCAAGAAAGUACCGCAUGUGAUGGCCAUCUGGUGUGAAGAUGGUGUUUGUAAACUACCAACAGAUCCACGACCGGAUCCUUUCCCAUUCGGUCAUGCUCAAUUCUUGUUAGACAAUAGAACGGAUUUUGGACCUUCUAUUUGGGAUAAAUAUCUGGGCAACGAUAAAUUCGUGACCAGACGCAUGCCAGGAAAUCAUUUCUCUAUGAUGCAUGCCCCUCAUGUUAAAACUCUAGGAGAUUUGAUGAGAGAGGCACUUAUGAUAUGA